AUGGCUUCAGGGAGUGAUAUUUCCGAGCGAUCGACGCGAUCAACCCGAGCACAUCCAGUCGUAGCAGAUGCAUCAGCGCCAGUAUCGGCGGCUGCAGCCCCAGUGCCAAAAAAGACUGCACUGGCCAAAAAAGCAGCACUAGCCCGCAAGAAACCGAAAGACUUAAACUGGAGAUCAGGCAUUCCUACCGCCUGGGAUCCAGAGGUAGAAGAUUCAACCGAAGUUGGCUUCCCAAAUCUUGUUGUUCAGUGCUACCGCAAUGCAACACUUCAAUUGCUUUUGCAUGCGCCGGGUUUUUGCAACUGGCUCAACUGGUACAAAAACCACCAUGCGCCUAAAGGGUACACCUGCCAGCGCGGCGAAUUUGGCAAGGAAUGCAAAGUAUGUCAGUUUCAGGCACUCUGUGCUGUCUACUGGGAUGGAGGCGUUGGUAAAUGGAAGACUACACUCGACACAAUCACCAAGUCGGUAUAUGAUACAUGGAGAGCAGACGAGGAGGAUGAGCAAUCAGACAUUGGGGAGUACCUGGAGCAGGUUGUCUACCAGCUCAGAGAGGCCACGAAGCCAAUGUUCCGGUGCGAUGUGGACGAUGCGCUCAGGGUGGAGACGUUUGAGGUGAAGAAAUGCAUGGGCGACAAACCUUGUAAAGAUGUGUUCACCGCAAGGAAAGAGGUCUUUCUGAGGCUCGCUUGGCCAGACAAGACCGAAGAGCACAUACCGAUCACGGAUAUGGUAAACGGCAUGUUCACCGAAGAGGACGAUACACGUCCCAAAUGCGCGAAAUGCGGAAAUCCCAGAGUUUACACGGUUCAAUUGGGGCAUCCCCCCGAGCUUCUCCUCGUCCAAGUCAAUCGUCUCGAAUUGGUCAAUAAUGAAAUUAAGAAAAUUAAGCACCGGGUCCAAAUGAAAGAAGAGAUCACUCUUCUGUCCACUUAUUUUGAUGAGCGCAAAAAGGAAACCAACAAGCACAUCCAAUAUGAAUUGGCCGCCGUAGUCCUGCACCAAGAAGCGCCUGCUGGCGAGGGAGGUCAUUUCACCAUCGCCGUCAAGGGCCGUGCAGGUACCUGGAAGCUUCUUGAUGAAGCCAAAGUCUCAGAAAUCGACUUCGUUGACCUCAAAUGCAAAAAGAACUGCGAGAACGCCCAUAUCUUCAGCUAUUGCCGGAUGCCUACACACGACGACAGCCCUAUUGACGAGCCAGACAAUGAUGUAGCAAUGAGAGAUGCCCCUGCAGAACGCAGGAGGGAGCAAGCGAGGAGUCUCGCGAUUUCUUCCAAUCCGGAUUCCUCGAUUUCAGCUGAAUAUAGAUCGGAGCAAUUUUCACGCACAGAUGUGAAAACUAAGGAACUUAUUGUGGCGACUGUGAAGAAUGCGGUGCCAGAGAUCUAUAAGGAAAUUAAGGCUUUGGAGGAGAAGGAGAAUAGUAAAGCGACAGGAGAUGGUGAAUCGGAUGCUCCAUAUGACCCAUUAGACUUCCGAAGGGGGCGUGGAACACUCAGGAUCACUGUAGGCGGCGAUGAAGAAGGUGGAGAAAAGGCUCUAGAUAUCUGGGUCAAAGGCUUGGUGCAUAACCAGAUUACAGAAGACAAGAAGAAAGCAGCAAAGAAGGCACCAGCAAAGGCUGCAAAGGCUGCAAAGGCCACGGGCAAGAAAGGCCAGAAGAGAAAGAAGGCUGGGGAUGGAGGCAGUGCGAAGGCCAAGGUCCAGAAGGUUGGCAAGGGCAAAGGGAAAGGAAAGAGCAAAGAACCGGAGUCAGAUUCGGAGUCAGAACUGUCAGAAGUAAUAAGUUUAUCCGAGGGAGAGGAGGAAGAGGAAUAUGAAGAUUAG